AUGCCCACCCAAGCCCCUCCCAAGCUACGGCUCGCCAUCAUCGGCGCCGGUCCCGCGGGCCUCGCCGCCGCAAUUGAGUUCGCCAAGUUGUCGUUCGUGGAGGCUCGGAUCUACGAGCAGGCGCGGGAGCUCCGCGAGAUGGGGGCGGGCAUCAGCCUCCACCACAACACCUGGCGGAUGCUGGAUGCGCUGGGGGUGUAUGAGAAUUUCGACGAGAGGGAUCUGUUUCGGCCCGCGGACGGGCAUUUGGUGCAGCAUCGGAAUGGGAGGACGGGAGAGUUGUUGCUUUCCACCGGGCAGGAGGAAACGCCCGCCCGGUACCACCAAGCAAGAACCCUGCGCACGGUGCUGCAGAAGGCGCUUCUGCGGAGUGUCGAUCGGUCGCGACUGAGAUUGUCGAGUCGGUUGAUCGAGAUCGUCGAGAUGUCUACCGGGGCACUGACUCUGCGGUUUGAAGAUGGCCAUGAGGACGAGGUGGACCUUCUGGUCGGCGCGGACGGGAUUCGAUCGACCGUCCGCCAAUUCGCAUACCCGGACUACCGGCUAAGGUACACGGGUACCACCGCCUACCGGGCCCUCGCGGACGCGAGCGACAUCCUUAGCAUCCCCGGCUUCCCUGAUGCGAACACCUUCUGGCACGGUCCGCACAACCGGCUCUACACGUGCAAUCUCCGGAGCAAUGUGUACGAGAUCGCGGCGCGAGUGCGACUCACGGAGGAUGCUGCGCCGGUUAGCUGGGGGCAGGAUGCUUCGGUGGAGGACUUUGGCGAGCGGUUCAAGAACUUCUCCCCGAUGCUCCAACGGGCGAUCGCCAAGAUCAGGGUGGUGAAGAAGCAUGCGCUCUUCAAUGGACCGCGGUUGCCCCGGGUGGUUUCGCAUGGGUCGAUCGCGUUGGUCGGGGACGCGUCGCAUCCCUUAGCUGGUGAAUUUGGAACAGGAGCUGGCUGCGCCUUUGAGGACGCCUACGUGCUCAGCCGUGCGAUACGGUGGGCGCACGACCGCGGCCAUCAUCUAAGUGAAGGGCUGGACCUGUUUGAUCAGGUCCGAACGCCGCAUUAUCAUGCGAUGUACGAUAUCCUGGACGGGUUCGCUCGGUCGAGUGUGUCGCGCAAGAAGAUCACCAGCUUCGACGACGCUGCCAACCAGAUUAUGGAAGACGAGUGGAGUGAUGGGAAUCGUUGGCUGUAUCACUAUCAGGUGGAAGACGUCUGGCACAGCGCCUGGAGGGCAGAAGAUGCUCGUCGCAGUGUGCCUGAUGGUGACGAUCAUAAAGAAAAGGCGAACGGGGCUGAAAGUACUUCUCAUCUCUAA